CUCUUAUUAAUAUGCAGAAGAAGAAGACCAAGACAUAACUUUUUGUACAGCAUUACUUACUUCAUCAAUAAACAAACCAUUAUAGAGUGCUAAAUAGUAAACAGCAGAGCAUCGCCCUACAGCGAACAAAAGAAAAUCAUGGGUGACCGGUAUAAUAUUCACAGUCAACUAGAGCAUUUACAGUCAAAGUACAUUGGAACUGGCCAUGCAGACACAACAAAAUACGAAUGGCUAGUAAAUCAACACAGGGACAGUUAUUCCAGCUAUUUAAGCCAUCCAGAUUUACUGAAUUACUUUGCUGUUUGUGAAAAUGAAGCUAAAGCUAGAGUGAGAUUUAACUUGAUGGAAAAGAUGCUACAGCCUUGUGGGCCACCACCAGAUAAGCCAGAGGACUAAAUAUAAAUAAGAGAUAUAUAAAUGUUUCACUUUAUAUAAUAUUUAUGUUUUUAUAUGUAAAUCAAUAGUCAAUCUUUAAAAAUAAAUAAAUACAAAGAUACAGACUACAAGAAA